AGGCCUACCAGGAUGGAGGGGAAUGCCGAAAUGGAGAUGCUGAGGACACUGAAGGGGCCCUCCACAGGAGAGGUCAACGUGCACCUGGUGGCCAGAGACAGUCCAGGUUCCAGCUCUCACCUGCCGGCUACUGCCUUCAUCAUCCCAGCCGGCUCGGCCACCCUUGGCCUGCCCAGCAGUGCCCUGGAUGUUUCCUGUUUUCCGCGGGAGACGAUCCAUGUGGGCGCUCCGGAGCGAGUGGCCGGCAGCGUCCCUGUCACGGCCACCGUUCUGCCGCAGUUAAGCGCGGCGCCUGCGGCCAGCUCCAGCGCCACCACCGUGCGGCUCCUGGAGUGGACGGAGGCUGCGGCCCCGCCUCCUGGGAGCGGCCUACGGUUCCGGAUAAGCGAGUACGCACCACUGAACAUGGUAGGAGCGGAGCAGCCCCCGAGCCCCGAGCUACGGCCCGAAGGUGUGGCCGAAUACGAAGAUGGCGAGGCCCCGGCGGGAGGUGGCGAUGCGGGCACCCAACAGCCGGCGGACCUUCCCCAGGAUCCUCCAGAAGAUCCCCCCCAGGAUCCCCCAGAAGAUGAUGGUGCUUGUCAGUGCCAGGAGUGUGGACCUCAGCAAAGCGUGGGUCCAGAUCCUGCUAGUUCCUCCAACGAUGACUGCCCGCCACUGUUCCAAGAGCGGUCGGUCAUAGUGGAGAACUCCUCAGGCCAGAACUCCUGCACCAGUGCUUCUGAGCUUCUCAAACCCAUGAAGAAGAGGAAGCGCCGGGAAUACCACAGCCCCUCAGAGGAGGAGUCAGAGCCUGAGGCCUUGGAGAAGCAAGAAGAAGGAAAGGAUCCAGAGGGCCGGCCCACUGCUUGCACCCCAGAAAGUGAGGAGUGGAACAGCCAGCCUGGUAUGGGGGCCUCUGUGUGUGUGUGUGGAUGUGUUGAUGUGAUGUGUACACACCUUUGGAGGUGUGAGGCUGAGAGUAUGCGUCACGCGUGUGAUGGUGUGUGGUACAUACAUAGAUGA